CAAAGCGGAAAAAGCAACCAAAAGAAAGAAGUAGCGUAGCGAGUGACCGUUCCUCUUCCCCCGAUCGCCUCCGAUUCCAAUCCGUCUUCCGCCUUCUCCGAUCAACCGAAGCGCCGUCCAACCCUCGAUCCGCUUCUCGAUUCUCUCAGAUCCGCUCCUGGAUCCGCCGGGAUGGCCGAUUCCGAAGUCCAGGACAAGCGGCUCAGUCUCAUCGACGUCUCGUUCGAGGACGAUUGCCUCCUCGAUUCCUCUCGCGACCCCCAACCUUCAGGAAAUCAGGUGGUUCAUCAAAGCUUGGAGCUUGAGGAGGCUGUGACUUUCGAGGGAGUCGAUAACAUUCUAGAGUCCUUUGCAGCUGUGGACCAACCAGGAGUCCAUCAACUGGUUCAAUCUUGUGAACCGGAAGGAACGGGAAAAAAUGGCAAGUAUAACCUGCGCAAUAGUUUGGCCUGGGAUAGUGCUUUUUUCACCAGUGCAGGAUUUUUAGAACCUGAAGAGAUAACUAGCUUGAUAGAAGGAGUGGAGAAGAAAGAAAAGCAUGUGCUACCCUGUAUUCAAGAGGAGAUACACAGAUCAUCAGAUUCAAUGUCUACCUUAGAAGGUGAUUGUUUGUCAUUAGCAAGUCUUGAGGCCGACUUAUUUGAAGACAUAAGAGCUUCAAUUCAGAAAUCAAGCAAAGUAUCCAAGAAGGAAAGUUCAGUUAGCAAAACAGGAGCACUGCUGUCUGAUAAAACGACUUCUCAGUUUCCAGCUUCAAAGAAGGCAGAUGUUGGUUCUUAUAGUCAGUCGAGACCCAAGCCUGCUCCUAAGAAACCAAGUUUAGCCCUGGGGAAAACAGCAAAGCAGCUUCCUGUUCGUCCACAGGUCUUACAGGGGAAACAUUCUGCUGCAAUUGGAGGUUCAGCUUCAUUUCCUUCCAAGCCACUUAGACUGGGUACUGUUAAUUCGUUAUCAACAUCCACAAAGAGGGAUUCCGUGGGUGCUAAAUGUCUGAGAGCGGAAAAGAGUGCGGCAGAACAUACUGGUAAGUGGAUUGACACCUGUUCGUUAGGUAGAGGGCCUUCAGCAUCUAGAUUACGUGCCAUGAGUGGUCCUCGGCAUAUUAUUCCUAGGCUUUCAUCCUCUUCUAGAUCUUCUUUAGGUUCAACGACCACAAAGAAGGAGCCAGAGUCUUCUUGUUCGUCGAUGGAUAGUUCAGGCAGUUUCUCAUCCAACAAGAUAGGAAAAUCAGUGGCGAAGUCUAACAGGAAAAGCAUCGAGGCUCGAACCGCUAAUUUACCUUCCACUGGUUCAAGUAAGAAAACCCCAUCAAAAGGCCCCGACUCUGGAGCAUCUCAUCUCUCAGCUUAUGUGAUGUCUGCAUCGAAGCUUUCCUCUAGCUUAUCACCUGCCAGUUCCAUCAGUGAAUGGUCAGUGGAAUCUUCUUCUUCCACUUCCACAGUCAAUCAAAGGUCAAACAGCUCUAGCACUAGCUUGGAACCCAGCUCACGCAGAUUGGGCACUGCAGAUGGAGAUCCACCUGAAGUUUUUGAUCUUCAGAAAAGUUCACAUGACAAGUACUUUCUUAGACAUGAAACUCAAGGUUCUAUGGUCCCUGCUCAAAAGAAUGCCUCAGCAGGAGGAGCCCUUCUACCAAGCUCCAUGAAACCCUCUGGUCUCCGAAUGCCAUCCCCCAAAAUUGGCUUCUUUGAUGGGACGAAAUCAGGUCGUACCCCUAAUGGAAAUAAGCAGUCUCAUCCUGUUGGUUCUGGUGUCCUCAAAAAGACUACAGUGGAUAGUGUUAACUUGAGUGGGGCACUGAAGAGGGGAAUGCUUGGAAAGAUCCAAUCUGAAACAACUACCAUGCCAAUCAGGAGGACAAAGGCUGAUGGUAAGGAAUUUGCCACUGAUGUGACACCUAAAUCGCUUAAGGAAUCUCCUGCAAUGGGGGUCCGUAGGGUUUCUAGGAACCUCAAACAUUCUUCCGGCCUAUCUCCAAAAGUUCAGAGCAACGUAUCUCCUAAAUGUGGGGAGAAAAGUCCAGUGAAGGCAGAGGAUGAAGCUAAAGAAUGUGAUGCAUCUGUACAGCAUACGGAUUCCGGUAUAAUGGGGCAAUAUGCCAAUGGAAGUCAAGAAAUCAAGUCUGUUUCCAAUGGGGAGACUUUGAAAACCCCUUCUACUGGUGAAGGACUGAAAUUUUUUAGUGAUGAAGUCUUGACCAACAUAGGAAGCAAAGCAUAUUCUGAAGAUCAAGAUGAUUUGUUCGGACAAGUGAAGGAGUUGGCAAUGGAGAAACUUGUGAUUUUUUCUCCCUCACCUUCUAACCAUGUUUCUGAGAACCCGUGUUCUGUCAGCGGCCAAGUUGAGGUUCUCAAUUCAGACCUUUUUCCGUCUAACUCGAGCACAACCGACAUCAUCGCCAAUACAAGAAUACCGUUCUCCGUGGUAGAUUCUUUACAUAACAGGGACAGUUCCAAUGAUGUCUCGGCUGGACUGCAGAUAGUGGAGGUCGAAAAGAGGGCGGCCACCCUGUCUUCGCCUGGUGAUAUUUCGAAAGAGAACAGUUAAGUUGUCGAACGGACGUGAAGGUUUUCUGGAGGCACUCAUGUGUGGUUCUUUCUCUACACCUGCUGAUAUAUUCAAUUGGCGAACGCAAAAGAUGCAAAUUUCUUUUGCCCGAUGCUGAUGAGUUCUUCCAUAUUCUGCAAGCUUGGAGAGAGAAACUACAGUGAUUGGAGAAUAUUUCAAUUUGUCUUUGAUUAUAUGGCGUCGAUUGUCUAAAGGCUUCCUGAUAUGGGAUCAAUUAUGGGCGGCUCUUUCCUAUGGUUUCUUUCCGGCUUCUUGAUACAUUCACUGACCAGAAUCAAUACUAUAUGUGUAUGGAUGUAGUACGCUAG